UGAAGUCCGAUGUUAAGUUGAAAAGGUGACAGUAGCGCAGCAGAACGAGACCUGUCCAGAUUUCUAACAUGUCUGAAGAGAGACCUGAGCUGCCUACAGACCCCAUCUCUGCAGUUGGAAUAGUCACUUCAUUCAACAAGGUCCCACAUGGUUACUAUGUUGUUGCACAAACAACAGAUGGCUCUGAUGCCGACCUGUGGAAGGACGGCUUAUUCAAAUCCAAGGUCACUCGCUACCUCUGUUUCUCCAGAAAAACUGGGCCUGAAGUUGUUGUGGAUAUGAAGCUGAUUGACACAAAGGACGCAUUGCCGGAGUUCUUCACACCUGUGCAAGAAACAAUGGACACAAAAGAAACUGCCAUGAGGAAGAGGAGACUCUGUGUGAAAAUGAGCCCUCGUGAGGCUGCCAAGGCUGCUGUAUGUGACAUCCAGAUCACUGUGAAAUCCAAGUUCCACCUUAUUAACUACACCUGCAUAGGUGAAAUAAACAAUAUGGGAAUAUGGUAUCGGAUGGAAGAUAUUCCUCGACAGCAGAUGUCUCUAGAAAAGUCAAGUGGACUUCAAACUUCAGACUCCUUAUUUAGCACAACAAGAAGAACCACAAGCAGGCCACAAUAUGAACAACACAACAGUGGGAGCUACUACACCCUGACAGCACUGGAUGAUGUGCCCUUUGUGAUCUCUGAGAAGUUUUAUGAAAAUCCCCAAAAGAUGCAGCAAGUCAAUUUAAUGGGCAUUACGAUCAAAUCCCUGGCAGAGAUCGAGGAGGAAUUUCACUACAACUUUGGCACAGAGCGAAGCAUCGUUCAGUAACUUCCCAUCCAGCCCUCUUCAGCUUCCAAAACGACUGCAGCAGUACAAAUGGGACAAAAAGGGAUUCCUUUGUGAAAGAAAUGGAAUAAUUAAAUUCUUAUUAAUUAUUGUUGUAUUUAUUAUCUAAUUUUAUACUGAAAAAAAAAGUAUUUUACCUUUAUUGAUUCUAUUUAAAUGAUUAAAUCCAAAAAAUGUUUGUGAAAAUUAACUUUGCACAUUAAAUUCUGUAAACGUUCAAAUUGUAUCUCGUAAGUUUCUUAAGCAGAUAGUUACACAUGAAAGGAUUUAAAUGCUGCUGAUCUAAAAAUGGAUCAAACUACUUCUUAUUUUUAAAUAGAUUAAUAUAAAACUGUCUGUUAUCUAUAACUCACACUGUGUUUCUCAGAGUAACGGGUCUACUGGCAGAAGCAGUCAGGGAGGACAACAUGGAACACAGCUCAGCUUCUUGGGACUCAAACAGGCUCCUCUGAUGUUCAUCCUCCAG